UGCGUUGGUUAGUUUGGUUUUGGUUGGCAGCCUGUUACAUUUUUACGGGCGCACACAGGAGGGUUUUCCGUUGUUGUGCGGGUCAUCUUCGCUUGACGCUACUGAUGGUGUUGGUAAAGAGACCCCUUUUUCGGCCCGGCACAUGUUUCACGCAUUUAGCCCACACUCCUUCGGCACUUGAGCGCGGGUCUGUUCGGUUUACCGAGUGGCCGUUGCAGUUUGAUUUCGGGGUUUCAUCGGUGCACAAGUGUUAGAAAAGCACACCGGCGAAACGGAUCGGCCGUUUUUAUUUUAUUUUGAGAAAAUGAAUGUUCAUUUGCGUCGGAUGCAGGGUAUUAAAAGUGCGCUUCCAAAGUGUUCCCCGUGUGUUCGUUUGUUCCGUUUAUAAUUUACGUCGCACAAACAAUUGAUAAGGAUUACCCGUGCCGUCGCGGAUUCUCUUAUACGGAAGGUGCCACAGCUGUUUCGUUUUCUACUACGAGUUUGGAGCAGGUUGGUGCGUGACGGCCUCCGGUUACGUAUAAACGCAUCGCAGUAGACGUCGGUACGAUUCCCUAUAGCGUAAAGCCGGAUUCUAGUGAAUGAUCGCAUCAUUAGCCUAUCCAAUAAACUGUGAAGUGAAACAAACAAGCAGACAGAGACGUAAACAGACAUUUAAUAACAGUAAAUAGAACUAACUGCCUGAUUGAGUGUCAGUGAAGUGCGAAGUGAAUCUAACCAGCCGUGCCAGGGAAACUAACCUACAUCACGACUACGAAAAACCGUUGGCACUAGGAGGAAGUGAAACAAAAGUGUUCCUCAAUGUCAGCCGUGUCGUUGAUUAUGAGUCUGUUCAUCGAAGCAGAGGAAGAGGUCAAAAUUCAUAUCGGACUGACGACGGUAGCUAGGCUUCACCCAAUACACUAACGGCGACCAUUGAUGCGAUUUAUUCAGUUAGUUGGCGAGGAAGACUACUAAUUUCAGCUUAAUUUUGCUGGUGAAACAGACUGUGACAACAUUGUCGGAUAGUGCGUUUUAGGUCGUGUUAUAAAGUUGAAAGUAGUGUCGUAAGUUUAGUAGACCAACGAGUGCGAUAGGUUCGGUUUCAGUAGAUCAGUCGUACCUAAGAACAGUGCGUGUUCAAGUGAUGAUUAUCUGGAAAACUUACACGAAUCUGUUAUAAAAAUGUCCACUACUACCAACGAUAUGAGUGCUAGCAGCAAUAACAAUCACACCAACAGUAAUAAUAAUUCGGCCGCCUCAAACACCAACAAUGACGCACAGAGUAUGGAGGUGCAAGUUACCAUUAAGGAUUUACCUAUUACUUUUAAGGUUAAAUAUCUUGGCAGUCAGUAUGCACGAGGUCUUUGGGGCAUCAAACACACGAGGCGACCGGUGGAUCAUCUAGUCAGCGCUGCCAAAAGCCUGCCACCGAACAGGAUCCUCCCGUUCUGCAAUCUGUCAGUGUCCCUCGAUGGCGUCCGGAUGGAAACGAUCACCUCCAAGCAGAGUUCGCUGACCAAUUUCACCAUCGAUACGAUCUCUUAUGGAGUUCAGGACCUCGUGUACACUCGAGUUUUCGCCAUAAUCGUUGUCAAAGAAAACUACAAUCUAAAGGAUGAGAACCCUUUCGAGGUGCACGCGUUCGUUUGUGAUAGCCGAGCCAUGGCCCGCAAGUUAACAUUUGCGCUGGCUGCGUCAUUCCAGGAUUAUUCCAAACGAGUUAAGGAGGCAGAGGAGCAUAAUGGGGGAGACGGUAAUGGUAAGCUGAUACGAAAAAAGUUCGCCAUCGAUCUGCGAACUCCGGAAGAAAUACAGCAGGACAUUACCGAACAGGAAACGGAAGCGUGAUUUCAGAUCGUUUGUGAUUUUGUUUUGUUUUCGUGACGAUUAUAAUUGCAUCAUUCAUGCAGAUGCUGUAAGACAAAAAAACACAGUGUAGCGGCUAGUCCUUUUACAUACAACUACGAUAACUAGAUAAGAAUUUGCCUUCAGAGCAGGCUGGCGCAAAACUGAAGACGCGCGGAACUACCUAUAUACCUACAUACCAAAACCAAUUCAUCUUUCAAACACAAAGAUAGUUUUUAGAUUACAUUAACAUAUUGUUUUGUUACUGUUUUAGAUUUUGUGAGCCUUAUUUUAAAGAACCUUUUUUUUUGAAAAACCCAAGAAAAAUAUAUGCAAGUGAAUGAAUGAAUGAAAAUGCACUUAUACGUGAGCACCAGAUUAACAGAGUUCUAAAUAAAA